UUCGAACCCGCAUAUGUAAUACGUGGUUCCGGACUCACACCGUCGGUAUACGGAUUUUCCAGUCUCCGUUUAAGGAAAAAAUCCGAAAAUGUAGAAAACUUUGACUGGCAUCACUUAAAGACAGAUAAAUACCGUUUGUUCCGUGGCAGACGUGCAAAACUGCAUUAGUGUAUAGGACCUGUGUAAUCUGCUGACAAUCUCACAUUUUCUUUUAUCCAGUUUUGCCCGUUGGGAGAAUGUUGUCUACUUGAAAUUUUCUUUAAACGUUGUAAAGUGCAGUCUGCAUGAAGUAUUCACUUGACUGAGCUCUUUGUGCCGUCUCUUUUAGACGGUAUCAUUAUUGUUUUAACUAGUCGUAUUCAAACAUGGAAAGUGAAAGAAGAGAGAAGGUAGCUCUAAUUCAAGCAAUUGGUACAGCGAACCCACCUACCUGCUACCAUCAGGACGAUUACCCGGAGCUUUAUUUUGAACUUACCAAGAGCCAGCAUUUGCCACAUUUGAAAGACAAAUUAAAACGAAUAUGUGUAAAUUCGAAAAUUAAAAAAAGGUACAUGCUCCCAAUGAAGGAGAUUGUUGAAAAGAACCCUAACAUCCGUACAUACGGAGCGCCAUCCCUGGAUGCUCGUCAAGAUAUUCUUGUAGAAGAAGUGCCGAAGCUCGCCAUGGAAGCGGCGAUGAAAGCCAUCGAAGAAUGGGGCGAACCCGCGGCGAGUAUCACGCACCUCGUAUUUUGCACGUCGUCUGAAAUAAGCGCGCCUAGUGCUGAUCGUCGCCUGGCUAAACUUAUAGGACUUAAACCAUCGGUUCAAAAAUUCAUAAUCUACCAGCAAGGUUGCUACGCCGGCGGGACUGCGCUCCGCCUAGCCAAAGACGUGGUCGAGAACAACCAAGACGCUAAUGUUCUCGUCGUUUGCUGCGAAAUCUACAGCCUUUGUCGUUUCCAAGGACCCUCUGAGACCCGAAUGGACGUGCUAGUUGGGGCGGCGCUGAUGGGGGAUGGGGCUGCCGCUGUGAUUAUUAGUGGGGGCAACGGCGGAGAUAACUCCGAUUCCUCGAGAGGCCAAUCGCCCGCCCUGUUUGAAAUCGUAUCAGCCACCCAGACAGAGAUCUUAGAUACGGAGGAUGUUAUUGGAUUUGUUACAUGCGAAGCGGGGGUUCGCGUCUCUUGGAGCAAAGUUGCGCCCAAGGUGGUUGCUGAGAACAUCGAGCAGUGCUUGGCCGAAACCUUCGCUCCGUUGAGCGUGGAGAACUGGAACGAGCUUUUUUACGCGGUGCACACCGGAGGCGCAGCCAUUUUACGAGGGAUGCAAGAGAAACUCGGCUUAGCGGAGGGAAAGCUCGAUGCAAGCUGGAGUGUGCUGAGUGAUUACGGGAACAUGGGCUCUCCAUGCGUCCUCUUCGUCCUGGAUGCACUCAGGAAGAAGUCGAUGGAUGAAGGGAGAAGCACUACAGGCGAUGGGCUGGAGAUGGGCGUGCUCGUAGGGUUUGGACCAGGUCUCACCGUCGAGACGGUGGCGCUUAAGAGUGUUCCUUUGAAAGCGACCAAGAAAUAACAUAUAUGAUGGGGUAAUAAAUGUGUCCUAUUUUAAGCGAAUUUUA